UCAACAAAUAAAAUCACCCACGGUGUUGUACUAUUUGUGUUAUAAGUCAUUAGAUGGUCGUAUGUGUGGUCGGGUCCCUCCUCUGGACUAUGACACACCCAUCGCGGAAGUUAGAGGUGGUCUUAAUUUACUCCAGUGUAUGCACUUCGCCUCAUUUGAUAUCGGGGAUUUUCCGUGUUGAACACGCAACAUGCCGACCACCGUAAAGAGCCUCAAAGUCACCUAUAACCCCGUUAAUGAGAAAAACACCUUUACCAAUGGCGACUGCGUUUCAGGUGAGCUGACGCUGGAGUUGGACAAAGAGUGCACAAUAGACUCCCUGUUGAUCAAAUUCAAGGGGAAAGCAGAAGUCCUGUGGACCGAGAGGUACGGUCAAACUACUGUGGUUUACCACUCCAAGGACAAGUACUUCAGCAUCAAACAUUACUUCAUUCGAAACAAAGAUGUCAAAGGAGGUGACAACCAAACACUACUGACAAACAAUGGAGAAACAUACAGAAAUGUUGUUGCCGCAGGAUGUCAUGUUUACCCAUUCACCUUUCAGAUCCCUUUCCACAAUAUGCCCUCCUCCUUUCAAGGCUGUGUUGGUAAAAUCGUGUACUCGCUAGAAGCCAAGCUGAGCAGAUCAAUGAGGAUUCCCACUAAAGACUCAACAAAGAUCAACUUUGUGUCGAAGGAAGACCUGACCAGUGACCCUGAGCUCAUGACACCCCAGCACGAGUCUAAGGAUAAGAAACUGAAAGUUCUCAACUCUGGAAUGGUAGCCAUGGAUGUGAAUCUUGAAAAAACAGGAUUCUUCCAAGGAGAGGGAUUAAAAGUUCUGGCCUGCAUUCAGAACAACUCUUCUCGCAAGAUCACGCCCAAGUACUGUGUGUACAGAAAGCACAUCUUCUUUGCACGAGGGAAGAGAAGAGUCAGUACUAAAGACCUCCUUAAAGAGGUGGGAGAUCCCAUUCUUCCGUCUGCUAACGAAAAGUUCACAAGAGUCAUCACCAUCCCAUUUGAUGCGGAGCCCUCCAUCCUCAACUGCAGUAUCAUCAAAGCAGAGUACAGACUCCGGGUCUACCUCGAUGUCAAAUAUGCCUCAGACCCGGAGAUCAAAUUUCCCAUAGUUAUCCUGCCGGCCCCUCAGGUUCCUGCUGUGCUGGCUCCACCACCUGCUGCUUCUGGCUUUGGAUUCGAACCAUUUGGGAGCACAAACCCACCAGCCUGGGGCAUUGUACCACCACAACCACCAGCAGCAUCCGGACCUUUGGAUCCCCCACCUCCCUAUGGAUCAUAUGGAAUGUACCCUCCUCUGACGGAUUUUGGAAAUAAAUGACGGGACUGUGAAGAUACUUUGACAUUUUAAAGGCAUGAAAUAAAGAGAUAGAAAUAUAAAUUACAGUGUACGUUAAUUUAUUCAUUCAUUAGCGUUGCUAAUUGUUGUUGUUAUGAUAAUAUAUUCACUGCUCUUACAACGUUCCAAAGGACUAUUAUGCAUUUGUUUUCUUAAAGAGAGAUUUUUCUUUCAAGACUUUCUGGUCUGAGUGGUCUGGUAGAAUCCGCCACUAUCCGCUGCAAUGAAGUGUAGCUCUAUUUACCUCUAUACAGGGGAGUGUCACGUAGUGGAAUAAUAUUGAUAGUAGAGUUGCACCAAUACUGAUAUCAGAUAUCGGUCUGAUACUGACUUACAGCCUGGAUCUGGUAUCGGAUACCAUUAUUUAAUAACUGUUCAGCAAAGAUUAAACCGUACUUGAGUCUGGCCCCCAGCUACAAAGAGGAAAUGUUGACUCCAUAUGAGCCAGCUCGCAGCCUCAGGUGGGGCUAUUCUGGCUGUUCCAAAUUCAAGGCUCAAAAAGUGUGAUAAACUUGCUAUAAACAUGAAAUGCUUUGGAAAUAAACCAUUUUCUCUAAACAAUGUCACAGACUUUAAUUCAUAUCUGCCUCUGGAACUAACGAU